AUGGAGUAUUCACGCAUCUCAAUUCUUCCCAUCCCGGCUUCGAUCCGGUGUCGGCUAUCCCGACUCUACUCGUCCCAUAGGGCUGUAGCCGAUAGCAAGCCGAGCGGGGCCCUGCGAAAUGGGCUGACCACCUCAUCCGAGCCGCAUCUGCCUUUCAACGGCCAACUGUUGGAGCGAGCGGUCAUGGAAGUGCAGCGGCCUUCGACGAGUGAUGAUAUGAGCUCGUUUGACUCGGGAUCCAGGGAAUCUAACAGUCCACCCGUGGAAGAGGUGGAUUGUCCCACUAAAUACGAGACCGAAUCGGGUCUGCGAUGGAAUCGGGUCGUACCUGCAUUUAACCUCCUUCGAAAUGCCGGAUUCGAAGCGCAGCAACCACAAGCAGACGGUCGUCUCGCUCGAUCUCUCUAUAUCAGUGCUGUGAUGUAUCUACUCGAUGCACUGCCCUCAGAUCUCACACCGGACGAGACAAUAAUGAUCCAGCAUCGCUUACCCGAGCAAGUGGUCGACGCCGUUGCAUCUUCUUCGCGACCACAAAUAGCUCGUCUAGAGGGAUCUUCGCAGUCCGGAUCUGCCCAGCCUCCGAGGUCAUAUCUCCACCGACUACUCGCCUCGGGGAUCGUGCAGAUAUUCCUGAUUAUUCGAUUCCUAUUGCCAUAUUUCCGGAUCUUCCUCCGCCAUGUUUAUGAAUAUGAGCGGUCGCAUCGAAUCACCGAGCGGAUCGUCACAACUACCCUAGACGCGGCGGACGGAUUGGGCAGGAGUAGUGCCAGUUUGGGCUCAGCGGUUUACAAGUUGAAUGAAGGCAGAGUCGGCACUGCGGUGACAAACCUUGCCAGUUGGUGGGUCGAGGGCGUCGCGGGAGGUAUUUAUGAAGGUGUAGGCGAGGGCAUGAUGCAUUUGGGAUUACUGAGACCUGGUUUCGAACUUGAUAGAUUUGCGCUACCGAUAGAAAGACGUUAG